ACGGCACGAAACAGCUGAUUCUAUAGGAGUCAACAAAUUAAACUAUUUUAGAAUUCUAAUUGAAAACAAUGGACUUUCCGGACAAAAUGGACAUGGAGAACGAGAGGGUACUGAAGCUGAUAUUCCCCGACGGAGUGCCAGACAACCUGCGUGGCAAUCCGGAGCUGGAUAACUACCUGGCCAAACUGGGCACGUGCAAGGUGGAGCAGCUGAAGAAGGAGCAGACGCGGCUGGCGGAAGAGGCGCGCACCAUCCUGGAGCAGACGCAGGACCUGGCCAUCUCCAACUACAGAACCUUUAUUACCACGGCGGAGAACUCGCGUUCGAUUUUCAGCGAGUUCCUGCGGUCGGAGCAGCAACUGGACACUCUGGUGUCCAAGCUGCCCGACCUGAGUGUCCAGUGCGAGCGCUUCUUGCAGGAUUCCGCCGAGCUGAAUGAGCAACGGCGAUUGAAUUCCAUUACUCUGCAAAAGAACGCCCAAUUGCUGGAAGUUCUGGAACUGCCGCAGCUCAUGGAGCGCUGCAUCCGCGAGGGGCGCUACGAGGAGGCUCUGGAACUGGCCGCCUACGCCACCCGUUUGGGCCAGCACCAGGGACACAUUCCCGUGGUCACAAGCAUUGUGCGUUCGGUGGAAGCCCUGUGGCACACGAUGCUGGUGCAGCUGGUUGCACAACUGCGCACGGAUCUCCAGCUACCCAAGUGCUUGCAAAUCGUGGGCUAUCUUCGCCGUAUGCAGGCAUUUGGAGACAACGAACUGCGACUUAAGUUUCUGCAGGCAAGGGACGCGUGGCUGACCUCUUGCCUGGAGGCCAUACCUACUGGAGAUGCCCAGCAGCACCUAUCCAAAACGAUCGAGAUCACUCGUAUAAAUCUGUUCAAUAUAAUCACCCAGUACCGCGCAAUUUUCCCGGAAGACGAGGGCACUCUAAAGACUCAGAGUUCCUUAAGACCGCUGCAGGGCGUCAGCUGCAACGGAGACAGACUUUUCCAGGCCUGGCUGCACAAUAAGAUCAACGACUUCUUGCAGACUCUGGAACGCGAUCUACAACUAGGAGUAGGAUCCGUCGAAACAGUGCUUGGCCAGUGCAUGUACUUUGGGCUUUCAUUUAGUCGCGUGGGCGCUGAUUUUCGUGCCCUAAUGGCACCUAUUUUCGUGGGCGUGAUCCGCCGUCGCUUUGAGAGCAGCGUGGAGCAGGUCGACGAGCAGUUUGAGCGGGAACUGGAGAAAUACACCUUAAUCAACAAGGUGGCGCUGCACUCUCACGCCCGCAAGCAGGUUGAUCCCGAGCAGGAGUCCUAUGCUCCGCCCGAGACUCUGUUGGACUUCUAUCCACUAGCCGCUUUGUGUAAUGGCUAUCUGAGUGCCUUGAACGAGCUGCGCCUGUGUGCUCCCCUGGCCCUGGCCACCGAUGUUACCCGCUGUCUGCAGCACUCCCUGCAACAGGCUGCACAGCGUGUGCUUGCCUUUUAUCGGCAGGAGCAGCAGGCCUUCGCCGGCAGCGAACGAGAGGCAUUUGUUCGGCUCUGCUCAUGCCUGGCCUACGACCUGGUACCCUACAUUCAGCGGUGUAUCCACGGAGUGUUCCCCCCGCAGUCGCUAACCGUUCAUUUGGGCAUUAGCUUGCUACAGCUGGAGCAACAGCAGCUCACCUACUUGCAGCAGACUCGCAUUCUGGAGCCCUUGAAGCACCUAUUGCCCACCAAGGCGCUGGUGCAGCCCCAGGAAAAAGUAAUGGAGGCUCAGCCAAGCGUUGGAGUACCUGUCCCUGCCGAGGGAUAAAGCUAUGUAAAAAUAUAUUAGUUGUUAUAUAUAUUCCACUAUUUAUAAACAUACCUACCUUAAA